GGGCGCCUCCUGAGUGGCGGCGGGGAGCGCAACGAUGCUGACCUCGCGCACCUUCCUGAAGCGGACGCGGGCCGGCGCCGUGCGGAAGAUCGUCCGCGAGCACUACCUGCGCGACGACAUCUCCUGCGGCGUGGCCGCCUGCCCGCUCUGCGGCGGGGACCAGGAGGCGGAGGAGGAGGAACAGCGCGGCGCCGGCCGGCCCUUCCUGGAAGCCCAGCCCGGCGGCGCCGCCAGCAGCCUCUGCCCUGAGCCCCACUACCUGCUGCCGGACACCAACCUCUUGCUGCACCAGAUCGAUAUACUUGAGGAUCCCGUGAUUAGAAACGUGAUUAUUCUUCAGACAGUUCUGCAGGAAGUAAGGGGUCGGAGUGCACCGGUAUACAAGCGAAUAAAAGAUGUCAUUACUAACAAGGAAAAACAUUUUUAUUCUUUCACUAAUGAACAUCAUAAAGACACGUACAUCGAACAAGAACAAGGUGAAAAUCCCAAUGACCGCAACGACCGAGCCAUCAGAAUAGCGGUGAAAUGGUACAAUGAGCACUUGCGGAAGUUGCAAACGGAAGAGAAAAUACAAGUCAUCUUGCUCACAAACGACAGAAAAAACAAAGAGCGCGCUGUGGAAGAAGGAAUCACCGCCUAUACAUGUGAGGAAUAUAUAAAGAGCUUGAUAGCAAAUCCGGAACUUGUGGAUCGACUCGCUUCCUUAAAUGAUGAAGGGAAUGAAAUCGAAACCGGGAGGAUCAUUUUCGCAGAGCAUCUCCCCCUCAGCAAACUGCAGCAAGGUAUAAAGUCCAACCUUUACCUUCAGGGAACCUUCCGAGCCAACAGGGAUAAUUACCUGGAAGCCACCGUUUGGGUUCACGGAGACGGAGAACAGAGAGAGGUAAUAAUACAAGGGCUUAGAAACUUAAACCGAGCUGUGCACGAAGAUAUAGUGGCAGUGGAACUCUUGCCAAAAGAUGCCUGGGGCGCGCCGUCCUCCGUGGUUUUGCUCGAUGAUGCGAAUCCGAAUGAAGACGACGUGGAGCAAGAAGAGGAGAAAGAAAACAGUCUGAAAAGUUCUGCGAGCAACAGAAUGCUGCGUCCGACAGGCCGAGUGGUGGGCAUUAUCAAGCGGAACUGGAGGCCGUUCUGUGGCAUGCUUUCUAAAUCACAGAUAAAAGAGGCAAGGCGGCAUUUAUUCACCCCUGCCGAUCGCAGGAUCCCUCGGAUCCGAAUAGAAACAAGGCAGGCUUCCACUCUCGAAGGACAACGCAUUAUUGUCGCGAUCGACGGCUGGCCCCGGAACUCACGGUACCCUAAUGGCCACUUUGUAAAGAAUUUGGGCGCCGCCGGCGAUAAGGAAACGGAGACCGAAGUCCUGCUGCUGGAGCAUGAUGUCCCUCACCAGCCCUUCUCCCAGGCUGUGCUCAGCUUCCUCCCCCAGAUGCCCUGGAGCAUCACCGAGAAGGAUAUUAAAUGCAGAGAGGACCUGAGGCACCUGUGCGUGUGCAGCGUCGAUCCUCCCGGCUGUACUGACAUCGACGACGCCUUGCACUGCAGAGAGCUGGAAAACGGCAAUCUGGAGGUCGGUGUACAUAUCGCAGAUGUCAGCCAUUUCAUUCGACCAGGAAAUGCUCUGGACCAAGAAUCCGCAAAAAGGGGUACCACUGUAUACCUGUGUGAAAAGAGGAUUGAUAUGGUUCCAGAGUUGCUGAGUUCCAACUUGUGUUCUCUGAGAUCCAACGUUGACAGGCUUGCAUUUUCAUGUAUCUGGGAAAUGACCCCCAAUGCUGAAAUCUUGAAAACCAGAUUUACGAAGAGUAUAAUUAAUUCCAAGGCUUCUCUGACGUAUGCCGAGGCACAAAUGAAGAUAGACUCCACCAACAUGAACGAUGACAUAACCACUAGUUUACGUGGACUCAACAGGCUGGCUAAAAUUCUUAAGAAGCACCGGAUAGAUAACGGGGCUUUAACUCUCUCUUCACCUGAAGUUCGCUUCCAUAUGGAUAGUGAAACCCACGACCCUAUUGAUUUGCAGACAAAGGAGCUCAAAGAGACCAACUCCAUGGUCGAAGAGUUCAUGCUGCUUGCCAACAUCUCGGUCGCUCAAAAGAUCUAUGAGGAGUUCUCUGAGCACGCCCUGCUGAGGAAGCACCCUGCCCCUCCUCCUUCCAAUUAUGACAUCCUGGUGAAGGCAGCCAAGUCUAAGGGCUUAGAAAUCAAAACCGAUUCCGCAAAAGCUCUGGCUGAUUCCUUGGACUGCGCAGAACUGCCUUCUUUCCCCUACCUGAACACCUUGUUACGUAUCUUGGCGACUCGCUGCAUGAUGCAAGCUGUUUACUUCUGCUCCGGAAUGGAUAAUGAUUUCCACCACUAUGGGUUGGCGUCACCUAUUUAUACACAUUUUACUUCGCCCAUCAGAAGAUACGCUGAUAUCAUCGUGCAUCGACUGCUGGCUGUGGCCAUAGGGGCAGACUGCACGUAUCCUGACCUCACAGACAAACACAAACUGGCAGAACUGUGUAACAACCUCAACUACAGGCAUAAAAUGGCUCAGUACGCACAGAGGGCGUCGGUUGCCUUUCACACCCAGUUGUUUUUCAAGAGCAAAGGCGUAGUGAACGAGGAGGCCUAUAUCCUGUUCGUGCGGAAGAAUGCGAUCGUGGUUCUGAUCCCCAAAUACGGCUUAGAAGGCACGGUCUUCUUUGAAGAAAAGGAUAAGCCCAAACCGGCACUUCUGUACAGUGACGAGAUUCCAUCUCUUACUGUGGAAGGCACAACCUUCUAUACCUUUGACAAAGUGAAAGUAAACAUCAUGUUAGAUGCGUCCAACGUUCAGCACCAGAAAAUCCGCAUGGCCCUUGUGGAACCAAAGAUAUCGGGCGGUAAUGUCCCCGGCCAGGCCACAGAAGUGAGCAGUAAGAAUGAACCUCAUAAGAAGAAGAAGAAACUGAGCAAAUAGCUUCAUUUCAAGCAACUACAAUACCCAAAAUACGAAAUGAAUUUACAUUGGAGACGAAUUGUAUAUGGAAUUUUAUACAGUUUUAGAGGUUACUUUCAAAGAUUUGUAACGUUAUUUAAAUGUUUUUUUUAAUAUUUGUGGUAAAAUGUCAUUUUUAAAUCUGUAUGUAAUGUCACCACUUACAAAA